CUUUAGGAGUGGUAGCCAGAUUUUUUUUACCAGAACAACCGUGAUGGGUCUUUUAUCUCUCACCUUCCUAGCAGCUCUUGUUAGCCUUGCUGCGUCGCAAAGCGCCGUAUUCAUUGGCGGAAAUUUAAGUGAUGGAAAUGCACCAAUUUGGGACGCAGUGGUCGAGCUUGCGGGAGGAAAAGGUGUAGCCAAAUUCGGUAUUUUCACUACUGCAUCGGCAGAUCCUGAAGGAUCUGCAGCCUACUAUAUCGACAUGCUCGUGAAUGUAUACGGCGCAGCAAGUGCAACCUAUAUCCCAAUCACGGAAACAAGUAAUAAUGCCGACGAUCCUGCCAUGGUUGAUCUGGUAAAACAACAAACGGGAUUUUUCUUUGGCGGUGGCGAUCAGCUGAGAAUUUUGAAUGCAAUUCGACCUGCCGGAAGAGAAACGCUUGUUCUAGCUGCUUUAAGUGAAAUGGUAAAAGCCGGGGCAACAGUUGGCGGAACAAGUGCUGGAGCUGCUUGUUUGAGCGAUACUGUGAUGAUUACGGGAGGUUCAAGCUACGACGGGUUGAUCUACGGGGCUUUUAGUGGAGGACCCAACUCGAAUAACCCAGGAGAUUUAUCUUAUGAUGAACAUGGAGGUUUGGGAUUCCUAGCUCGUUGGGUUCCCGACACCCAUUUCAGCGAACGGGGACGAGAAGCACGUCUUAUUAGGCUGCUGCAAGACACGCGGUACCGCGACAUUGGGACACCUUUGGGCUUCGGAUUGGAUGAAGAUAUGGCUCUUGUUGUUACUGAUCUUUACACAAGACCUGUUGGAAAAGUAAUUGGUAUAAGUGGGGGAGUGUUUAUAGCGGAUGUCACAAACAUUAUUGUUACACCUUCGGCAACUACGAAUUACGAAGGAGUAUCGGCCCAUUACCUUACUCAAGAUGACACUAUCGAUCUUACUACUGGUAACGUUACAUUUGCUAGUUGGAAAACUCCCCUGAAGGGCAACGAACAGUUUACCAAUGCUGAAAUCUCAAAUGACAUCUUGUCGUCAAAGCAAAGUCGUUCAUGGGCAUCUGCUGCAGCGCAAUUUUUUGACAACCAAUUAGAUGACACUGUUACCCAUUUUACUUUUGAAAAAAAACCUCCAUUUGAAGUGACUUUUAACCGUCUAAGCGGAGCUGGUUAUAGGGGGCCUCUUCCAAGCGAUCCUUUGACCUUCGUUGUGUCUCACGAAAAUCUUCAAGUUGGAAUUCGAGAAAGUGGUGGGAUUUAAAGGCGCCAUAAGGAUUAAACAUAAAACUGCUAAUGGUGGUUUGCAAUGCUGUUCAUGAAAUUGCAUUUGAUGCACAAUUUUUGGUUAGAAAUAUAGAAAUGGCAUUCAAA